UGGUUAAACUUUAACUCAUCAACCGUUAGCGUCCCGCCAUUUUGCUCACCUGCAAAGAAGAGAAAAAAGUCGUUUGAAACAAGAUGGCGGCCAGCAAUAUGAUUAGGUAUUUCUUGUUCGCGUUCAACUUCUUCUGCUGGAUUGCCGGGCUUGCCCUGUUUGCCAUCGGCAUCUGGCUGCGGGUGGACCCGGGGCUCGCGCCGGUGGUGACGCUGGAGCUGGGCUGGUUCUACUCGGCUGCGUACGUCUUCAUGGUCGUCGGUGUCAUCACCAUCGCCAUCGGCUUCCUGGGCUGCUGUGGGGCCAUGAGGGAGAACUCCACGCUCCUCAAGGCAUACGUCGGUCUCCUCGCCUUGAUGUUCAUCUUGGAGGUGAUAGCAGCCACCCUGGCGUGGGUCUACAGGGGAGAGCUUGACCGGUGGAUCCGGGACUCCUUCAGUCGGACCUUCAACGGACGGUACAUUGACGACUUCCCGGACUCCUUCCAGGACGCCGUGGUGUACUUUCAGAGAAGGAUGGACUGCUGCGGGCUGAACACGCCGUUUGACUGGGAGAACUGGCAGGAGGUGGACAGCUGCCCCUGCCCCAUCGACCGGUACGUCAACCAGUACGACUGGACCGAGAAGUGUCAGGAGGACAGGCACGAUCGCGACCUCAGCGUCUACAAGUCGUGCUGGGACAACAUCUCCCUCUGGCUGAAGAACCACAUCAUCGUCAUCGGCAUUGUUGGGUUUGCAGUGUGCCUCGUUCAGCUCACCGGGAUUGUUGCCGGUAUCCUCUUCAUCCGCCGUGUGAGGAAGGAAGCUGCGGUGGUGUGAGGUCUUGUCGCCCAGGAACAUGCCGAGAGAUCAAGAUCAUUAGUACAAGACUAGAUAACGUAAUCACCAAUACGUAUUGAAGAAUAGGUUAGCAUUUCUUUUCAAACUUGGAUGUUUUAGAGGUAGUGAUUAUUUUCUGCUCUUGAGUUUGUUGAUGCGUUUGGUUCAGUUUUGUAUUCUAACAUGGCUUCGCUUGGCACUUCAUUUUCCACUUUAACACCAGUAUUGCAUUGUCAUUGACGCAGGUUUUGUAUCUCUUGAAACCAUGGUAUACUCAACCAGUCUAGAAGAUAGGCAUAACUUAAAAGAAUCUCGCACAGUUCUUCUCUGACCUUUUUUAUUACCUGUCGUGAUUUGCAAACCGGCAUUUCAGAUGUUAAAUCUAGAGCCCUCUUUGAUUUGAAUCUAUAGUUAUGAUUUUGGGUAAAUAAAAUGAUAAGACGAAAUUUGAUAUAUUUGUGUACUUAGGGGUUAGGGGGUUUGAAAGGUUGUCGCUAGUAUGUCGACUUUGGUUGACAUGCUAUCAACUGACACGAGUGAAGAUUAUGCUUGCUGUUAUGUGUACCCUACAUUUAAUUUUAACGGUUGUUUCUUUUUCUGUCUGCUUAUAAUCAAUGUGAUUUCCAUUAACUUGUACAUAAACAAUUCAGAAUGACAAACAUUGCGUGUUAAAUUUGUCUUAACUGAGCACCAUUCUUUCCAAUUACUGUUAGUACUCAUAAUCACGACUCGGAGUAACCAAGACUUCCUUUGUUUCUGUCUGAUUACAUUAGAUAAUAAAAAAUAGACAGUUAAAAGUUUUGUAUUGACUACUUCUAGGGCUGUGUGGCGAUCUAAUAGGGUACGUGUAUAGAGAGGAUUUUUAGAUACUUGAUCUUGAUUGCUUAUCUUUGUUGUCUUUUCUAUAAAGACAACAUUUUCCAUUUUCUCUUCGGCUUUGUAAAUAAAGGCAGUUUGACCGA